ACGACUAUAAGACGUAUUUGUCAUGGGCUCGACGCUUCUUAUAAAAGUCCCUUCUCUAAUUAACUUUUCAGUAGCCUCCAGCCAUCAACACCUCCACCACCGACCACCGUCGCCAUCGCCAGAAUCCAAACCAUCCUUUCUGUCUCUCUUUCCAUUUUGCUUACAUAUAUGUACACGCAUAUAUAAUUUCUUUCUAUCUUUUCUUCUAUGUACAUGAACCAGCAAUGGGCAAUCUCUGCACUUGUUUGGCGCCCAAAACAGUGAAGAAGAAGAAAUCCACAAAGCGUUUACCCGGUAACUCCCAGUCCGUGCUCAAUUCAAGCAACCGGUGGAGUCGGAUCCGGUCCACGCGUAAAGACAGCACUGAUUCCGUGAUUCAGGAACAGGCUUUGGCUGCGGCCAUUCUUUUCAGGCAGCACCAGCAACAGAACGGCUCUGCUUCAUUGCCGUUUGAUCGGUCCACUUCACUACGGUAUCCGAAUAGUUCUGGGUCGAAGAAAAGCCAGUUGCCGCGAAGCUCUAGUUCAAGAGCCCGGUCUCUUACUGACCCGUUGCUGCAGCCUCACCAGCUUGUUAACCAGGAUAUUAAGCUUGAUGAUCUCGAGACUAAUCAUUUUGUUCUUGUCCAUGGGGGAGGCUUUGGUGCCUGGUGCUGGUACAAAACAAUAGCUCUUCUAGAAGAGGGUGGUUUCAAAGUUACUGCAAUAGACUUAACUGGCUCUGGGAUUCAUUCUUUUGAUACAAAUGGCAUUACCAGUCUUUCUCAAUAUGUGAAGCCCCUUACUAAUUUUCUUGAAAAACUGGCUGAUGGGGAGAAGGUAAUUAUGGUCGGGCACGAUUUUGGUGGUGCUUGUAUAUCAUAUGCAAUGGAGUUGUUCCCCCACAAAAUUUCAAAGGCCAUUUUUGUUGCUGCUGCGAUGCUGGCUAAUGGACAGAGUACUCUUGAUAUGUUCUCACAGCAGUCAAAUUCAAAUGAUUUGAUGCAACAAGCUCAGAUUUUUGUGUACGCAAAUGGGAGUGGCCAUCCUCCAACUGCAAUUGAGCUGGACAAAUCAUUGUUGAGGGAGUUGCUGUUCAACCAAAGUCCUGCCAAGGAUGUUGCAUUAGCUUCUGUUUCAAUGAGACCAAUCCCCUUUGCACCAGUUUUGGAGAAGCUUAGUCUUUCAGAUAUGAAACAUGGAACAGUCAGAAGGUUUUAUAUAGAAACUCCAGAAGACAAUGCCAUUCCCAUCACACUGCAACAAAGCAUGAUAAACUCAAACCCUCCGGAAAAAGUUUACCGGUUAAAAGGUGCUGAUCACUCACCAUUCUUCUCCAAGCCUCAGGCCCUUCACAAGAUAUUGGUAGAGAUUUCUAAGGUGCCUUCAACUUAACAGAUCGGCAACUAGAGCCUUUAUUCAGGUGUUAUAAGAAAUUGCUGCACACAUUAGGCUUUCUGUUACAAAGAGGAUUUUGAGUUUGUGUAAUCCAGUGCUUUAUUCCCACAGAAAAUUUCAGCCCUCUUGGCAGAGCCCAUGGAUGUUUAUAUUCUCCUGUCUCCCUUUCCGUUUCUUUUUUCUUUUUCCUCUUUAUUUGGUCUUAUUACCUUUCACUCUCGACAAGGGAAUGUUUAUAUUAAAUUUAUAUUAAAUUUAUAUUAGCCAAAUUUCG